AUCUCGCCUGUGACUUUGAGUCGGGUUUCUGCGGUUGGGAGCCGUUUCUCACAGAAGAUUCACACUGGAAGCUGAUGAAACGAUUGAAUAAUGGAGAGCACCACUUUCCUGCAGCUGAUCACACAGCAAACAAAUCAUGGAUCGUUUAUUUAUUUGGAGGCACAGCGCUCCCCCGGGGUGGCCAAGCUUGGAAGUCCUGUUCUUACAAAAUUGCUCACUGCCUCUACCCCAUGUCAGGUGCAGUUUUGGUAUCAUUUGUCUCAACAUUCAAAUCUCUCAGUUUUUACAAGAACGUCUCUAGAUGGAAACUUGCAAAAGCAAGGCAAAAUAAUCAUAUUCUCCGAAUCUCAGUGGAGCCACGCAAAAAUUGAUCUCAUUGCAGAAGCGGGAGAAUCUACUCUACCUUUUCAGGUAAGCACAUACGAAAUUAAUACAACUCAACAGAAGACACUUAUUUAA